CCCCGCCUGAUAGGCCAGUCCCGGGCGCCGCGGCCCGGCCUCCUGCCUUCUCCAGCGCAGCCAUGGCGGCCGCGGGCCUGGCCCGGACCAUGGAGUGGCGGCGCCGGGCCCUGCGCCGCCUGCAGGGCCAGAAAUGGAUUUGGACACCAAGAGCUACCAAAUAUGCUUCUGCGACAGGACAAAGCACAAUUGAGAAGAUUGUGGUUGCAAAUCGUGGUGAAAUCGCGUGCAGGGUUAUGCGGACUGCCAGGAAGCUGGGGGUGAAAUCUGUGGCGGUUUACAGCGAUGCUGACCGGAAUUCAAUGCAUGUUGCAAUGGCGGAUGAAGCCUACGCCAUUGGCCCUGCGCCUUCUCAGCAGAGCUACCUGGUCAUGGAGAAGAUAAUGCAGGUGGCCAGAAAGUCAGCUGCUCAGGCUAUUCAUCCAGGUUAUGGCUUCUUGUCCGAAAACACAGAGUUUGCAGAACUCUGCAGUAGAGAAGGAAUCAUCUUUAUCGGCCCUCCUUCAUCUGCCAUUAGAGAUAUGGGCAUUAAGAGCACCUCUAAGGCCAUAAUGGCUGCUGCUGGGGUUCCUGUUGUGGAAGGCUAUCAUGGGGAAGACCAGUCUGAUGGUUGCUUGAAGGAGCACGCCAGAAGAAUAGGAUAUCCGGUCAUGAUCAAAGCAGUUCGCGGCGGUGGCGGAAAGGGUAUGAGAAUCGCUUUCGCAGAGAAAGAGUUUCAGGAGCAAUUGGAAUCGGCCCGAAGAGAAGCCAAGAAGUCUUUCAAUGAUGAUGCUAUGUUGAUAGAGAAAUUUGUCAAUCAGCCAAGGCACGUAGAAGUUCAGGUCUUCGGAGAUCAGCACGGCAACGCAGUCUACCUGUUUGAAAGAGACUGUAGUGUGCAGAGAAGACAUCAGAAGAUCAUCGAGGAAGCUCCAGGGCCAGGAAUCAGCGCUGAAGUGAGAAGAAAACUUGGAGAAGCAGCUGUGAAGGCGGCUAAAGCUGUGAACUAUUUUGGGGCAGGGACAGUUGAAUUCAUCAUGGACAGCGAGCACAACUUCUACUUCAUGGAGAUGAACACUCGGCUGCAAGUGGAGCACCCAGUCACAGAGAUGAUCACGGGAACUGACCUGGUGGAGUGGCAACUGCGGGUUGCUGCAGGUGAGAAGCUCCCUGUAACUCAGGAAGAGAUCUCACUCAAGGGCCAUGCAUUUGAAGCCCGGAUCUAUGCUGAAGAUCCUAACAACAACUUCAUGCCAGGCGCUGGCCCUUUAUUGCAUGUGUCCACGCCGCCCGCCGACAACUGCACCCGGAUAGAAACUGGGGUAAGACAAGGAGAUGAGGUUUCCAUACAUUACGACCCGAUGAUUGCUAAGUUAGUAGUGUGGGCAGAGGACCGACAAGCUGCCUUAAGAAAAUUAAAGUACUGCCUUCAACAGUAUAACAUCGUAGGGCUGAGCACCAACGUUGAGUUCUUACUGAGCCUCUCAGGUCACCCAGAGUUUGAGGCGGGAAACGUCCACACCAAUUUCAUCCCUCAACACUACCAUGAACUGUUCCCGCCCAAGGAGGCUGUUUCUGGAGUGGCCCUGUGUCAGGCGGCCUUCGGGCUCAUUCUCAGAGAAAAAGUGUCAACGGAUGCUUUUCGAAUGCUGUCUGGAGAUAAGUUUUCACCAUUUGCAUCCAGCAGCGGCAGAAGACUAAAUAUGCCCUAUGCCAGAAACCUGAUUCUUCGCGAUGGUGAGAAUGGUAAGUGAUUGAACUGU